GUAAAAUGUAGGAGGAGAGACUUGGAGUAAACUGUUUUCCCUUUUGAGAUUCGAAAUUCGAUUCUUUCUCUCCUUUAAAAAGCGCGCACACACACACACAGAAAGAAAAGAUCAGGAGGGGAGGAAAAAGUGGAAAAAAGAAAAUCAAUUCCCAAAAAAAGAACAAAACAAAGUAGUAGUAGUAACAAUUUUAGAUGUGGUACAGAUCAGCCUCUUUCAUCCGUGACAAGCAGCUGAACGACGCCGUUGCGAAGCCCGAGAGCCGCCUCUUCUCUCCCGCAACCGGAGCUUCUACGACGUCAAUGGCUGAUACCUUACCCCAACCCCAGCAGCAGAACCCCAAGAUUUCCGCUUACUAUCAGACCCGUGCUGCUCACCAUGCCGUCGUCACCAGCGACUGGCUCGCCCAGGCUCAAGCCGCCGUCGGCCACCUCGAGGAUGCCGUUUCCGAUGACUCUGCUGCUACCUCUUCGUCGUCUUUGUUGACCGGCAAGGGGUUUAGUGUGAUUGAUGAGUUUAACUCUUGGCGGAAACAGCCUGAUUUGGCUGAGGCGGUGGCAGCUAUUAGGGCUUUGGCUUCGGUUAUUAGGUCAAGUGAAGCUACUACCAUGAUGGAGCUGGAGAUUGAGCUCAAGAAAGCCUCCGAUUCCCUUAAGUCGUGGGAUACAACCUCAAUAUCGUUGACAGCUGGCUGUGAUCUCUUCAUGCGAUAUGUAACUAGAACUUCAGCUUUGGAGUAUGAAGAUUUCAAUUCAGCCAAGUCUCGCCUUCUUGAGCGUGCAGAGAAGUUUGGCGAAAUAUCUUACAAGGCAAGGAGAAUAAUUGCGAUGCUUAGUCAGGAAUUCAUUUUUGAUGGUUGCACGAUCCUGGUGCAUGGCUUCUCUAGAGUGGUGUUGGAAGUCUUGAGAACAGCUGCACAAAACCGGAAACUCUUCCGGGUGCUCUGUACAGAGGGAAGGCCAGAUAGGACUGGAUUGCGAUUAUCCAAUGAGCUAGCCAAGCUUGAUGUUCCUGUUAAGCUCUUAAUAGACUCUGCCGUAGCAUACAGCAUGGAUGAAGUAGACAUGGUAUUGGUGGGAGCUGAUGGAGUGGUCGAAAGCGGGGGUAUAAUAAACAUGAUGGGAACAUACCAAAUUGCAUUAGUUGCUAAGAGCAUGAAUAAACCAGUUUAUGUCGCUGCCGAAAGCUAUAAGUUUGCCCGUCUAUAUCCUUUGGAUCAGAAAGAUAUGGUCCCAGCUCUACGUCCAAUUGAUUUUGGGGUACCUAUUCCUUCCAAGGUUGAAGUUGAAACAUCUGCACGUGACUAUACGCCUCCCCAGUGUUUGUCCUUACUCUUUACUGAUUUAGGUGUCCUAACACCUUCUGUAGUAAGUGAUGAGCUAAUCCAGCUAUACUUGUAGUGAGAUUUUUUUGACAAUUUUGUUAUGUUUACUCCAUUAAGAUUAGGAUAGUAGUAUACAGGGUUCUAACAAUCAAACUACCAAGAGAAUAUUCUUGAUAAUCUUUCUGGAUAAGUUUUGGCUCAUGCGAUUGGUUGAUUUGUCUAUGAUGUGAUGAUUCUUAGAAUGGAAAGUUUUCAUUCUCCUUUCGAACGUGGUUGAAUUUAAAGUGUUGCUUCUUGAUAUGACUGCGUCUUGCUAUUAAAUUUUUCACUGUUUAAAUGCGAAGCAUGCUGUCGAUUUGUUUGAAGUAGACGAGUUUGAUGUUAAAGACUCAAAACCAUUUAUAUCGAAAUGAUGUACAUUUUCCAGUUCCACAUUUAAUUUGUGGAAAGGAAGUAGUGGAAAUAUG